GCAUCGCUUCACAUGCAUGAAGUUCGUAAAAAGAAGUCACAACGUUGUUCAAGUUUAUGAGGGCCCACUGAGUGACACCAAUGACGUGGACCUUUGUGACGGCGCUGGCCUCAGACUGGAUGAGUGGCCCUGGACAGCACAAUGGAACUCAUGGCCCACGUUUUGCCCGGUGACGGGUGGUUUCAGCUUCCGCACUAUCCGAAGACUGACCAAUGAGGACUUCUGUGAGAACGAAUGGCGACGGUCAAGUUUGGAGGUGGAGUGUAUGCAAGGAGAUGGCAUGGACUUCAUCGCACCCAAGGACAGCAGUUGCAACCCUUUCCUCAAGCAUGGAGACUGUACGUGAGAUCUGGCUAAAUUUUUUAAUUCAUGUUUGACAAGGCUGAGCAUUGGCGAGUAAACAGGGUUGUUGUUUUUUUUUGGUUUAUUUACCAACAUGGAGGCCCCGCUCGUAUGUCCUUUGUCCUUGUCAUCUCAAACUUUUCUGUCAGUCUGCCUGAAAACUACUCAUUUUCUUUCUUUCUGUUGUUUCAGUCUAUAUGACUCGCUUUUUACUUCAUUAAAUGAUAGUCAUCGCAUUGAUGUGUUACUCUCUUUACUCAGGAUAAUAGCACUUAAGAUAAGAACGAAAUGGCCGUACCGGUGUUGACGUUUUCCCAAUCUAUCACUAACAUGCCUUCUUUGACGAAAAGGCAUCUCCAUAAUAUAUUAUCAUGAGUUCAUA